AUGAUGAAUACUUUUACACACACGCCUACUCCGAGCCUCACCAUGGCUCGGUCGCUGCCACAAGGAGUGGACGAGCUGAAUCAAAUGGGUCCCUUUGAUCUGUUUCGCAGCCAAAUGGAAGCUGGAUCCGCGGAAGCCAAGGUGGACGCCAUGAAGCGCUUGGGCGUGGUCGCUUGUGCCAUGGGAUCCGAUGCUACACUGCAAAGUUUGGUGCCCUACUUGUCCAAUGUGGCCAUGAAGCAGCCUCCGCAUGAAGAUGAGCUUCUUCUGAUCCUCUCGAGUGAACUGAAAGGAUUGGUGCCCAACCUCAUCAACAACGCUCUCCCAUUACUUCCCAUCUUUGAACGACUAGCAGCUGUAGAAGAGACCGUUGUCAGAGACGAAGCCGUCAAAGGAUUGAAUCACGUCAUGGAUUACAUAAAAGAAACAAACCUCAUGGUCGCAAUGGCCAAACGGCUUGUCGGAGCAGAUUGGUUCACACCCAAAGUAUCGGCCGCCGGAGUCAUGGCCAAAAUCUACCAAAGGGCACAGGAUUCCGAGUUGCUCAGUCUGUACAAGGAACUCUCCACCGAUGAUACACCCAUGGUCCGACGUGGCGCCGCCAAAAGCUUGGGACAAUUCCUGGAGCAAGUGGGGUAUGAAAAGGGAAAGGAUUUCCUUCCCGUCAUGCAGCAACUGUGUCGAGAUGAACAGGAUUCCGUUCGAUUGCUCGCUUCUGCAGCCUUGGCCAAUGUAGGAGAAUCCUUUGGAAAGCAUCCAGAGUGGACCGCACAGAACUACUUGCCAAUUUUGAAAGAUGGAUCCACCGAUAUGAGUUGGAGAGUUCGUCACAAUGUCGCAAAAACAUUCUCCGAGUCAGCUACCAAUCUUGGAAUACAAGGCAAUCCACGAUUUGUAAAUGAACAAACUAUGGUCAUGGCCUGCUUUGUACUCCUCCUGACGGAUGCCGAAGCAGAAGUGCGGGCCGCGGCCGUCGGACACUUUGCUAGGAUGGUCCACUGGGGUGGCUCUGGACUCUUCUCGACUCAUUUGCAACCGUUACUGCCCGCACUCGCGGAUGAUGUCGUCAUGGAGGUUCGCUCCAAAUGUGCCAUGGCCUUGAUGGAUUCCUCGCAAGGAGGAACCUUGGAGGAUGCCCUCAUUCUACAGGCCUUUGGACCCCUCGUAGAGUCUUUCUUACAAGAUGAAUUUCAUGAAGUCCAGUUGCAAGUCCUCACCAAUCUUCACAAGAUGGCCCAUCUCUUGAACGGAAUGAGCGGUGUCGUCACUUCGAUUAUCAACAUGUCCAAAGCCACAAAUUGGAGAGUCCGCGAAGCUGUGGCCAAGUUAUUGCCCCACUUAGCGGAAGCCAGAGGGCUCGAAUUCUUUGCCACAGUUUUGUUAGAACCUGCGUGGUUGACCUUGUUGCUGGAUCCCGUCGCAAGCGUGAGAAUGGCUUGUGUGCUUGGUAUGCCAUACCUUACCAAGGUCGCUGGACAAGAUUGGAUCAUCCAGCAUGUCUUGCCCCAACAUGUUCGUUUGUAUAAUAUGGCACAGUCAACAUAUUUGGUGCGUAUCACUAUUUUGAGGGCUCACACCGAAACUGCUGUCGCGGUGAAGUCGGGAAAUCUUUGGAACGACAGUGUCCUACAGAUACUUCGGGGUUUGACGGAUAAGGUGGCCAAUGUCAGGAUGGUGUCAGCAGCAGGUCUCGCUAGAAUCGUGGAAGAUGGCGACCAAGCCAUCGUGCAGGCUCAAAUCAUCCCCGCCCUGGAAAAGAGAAACCAAGAGGAGGAAGACGAAGAUUGUCGGCUGGUAUAUCAAGAAGCUUUGUCAAGAGCGGGUAAAUAG